CACUUCGAAAGCUUGGGUUCCCAACCUUUUUUUAAAUGCCAAUUAAGCAAGGGAACAGAGGGAUAUUGGCCGAAGAGGAAAAUGGGACCACGGACGAGUUGGACCCUGUCGUAAGGCUCUGAAAGUGCCUUUUGGAUUUUCCUGUUGAAGAGACCAUUUAUUCCUUUCCACUGCUGCGUCCCCCCAGCAUUUUGUGUGUUGUUGCUUGAAUUUCCAGCAUCUGCAGAUUUCCUCGUGUUCGCUUUAUCCAGCUUGCUUGUCCUUGAUGUGCCGUCCUUUCUGACCUCCUGUGGACCCCCCCCCCCCAUCAUAAACUUUAAAAGGGGGAAUGCCUAUCCCACGCACACGCUUCCCUCUGUCCCUCCCAGCCCCCUGAUUCAACCUUCCCGCGGCUGACGGAGUUUCCCUGCCCAGGUCCCGUCCCCGCCGCCGCGCCUGCGCACAGAGCGGCUGCCUGUCAAGAAAAGUUUUUAUUUCCUCGGGGAGCGGCGGACGGGCGGAGAGACCCUGCGGCACCCCCCGCCGUCCGGGGCACAGCAGGAGUCCAGUAUGCAGGACGACCCGGUGUACGACGCCCCGAACACCGCGACCUGCCGGCAGCCGGCCCACAAGUGCUCCCUCACCAAGGUCAGCGUCUUGGAUCGCCUCAUCUUCACCCGCUCGGUGUGGUUGCAGCUGAGCAUGAAUUCCGCAACGGCCCUGCACAUCCUCCAGCGGGAGCAGCCCGGAAUAUUCCUGGUACGCAAGUCGGCCACGUCCCAGCGGAAGGUGCUGUCGGCCCGCAUGGCCGACGACAGUGACCCCUCCUUCGUCCAGGACUUCCCCAUCCUCGAGGAGUCUGAUAGUACUGCCUUCUCCCUCGAGGGUUCAUCCAUCACCUUUGAGGACCUCUUCCACCUCAUCUCCUUCUACUGCGUCAGCAGGGACAUCCUUCCGUUCACUUUAAAGCUCCCUCAGGCCAUUGCGAGCGCGCGGUCCCACAAGAAACUGAAGACAAUUUCGCACCUGGGGAUAGAGUUCUGGAACUCCCCCUUGAACGUCCGGGACCCCCCGGAGGACCUCGGUGACGGGGGCGCUCCCCAGGAGCCGGGCAGCCCCGGACGGCCGGGGCCCCUGAAGACCCGCCACCCGGCCGAGGUGUGCCUGACCAGCCCGGGCGGGGCCCUGGCAUUCCUCAACCCGCUGUUUGCCGCGGAGGAGCCGUGCGCCGGCCGCCGGGCCCAGUUCAAGCGCAGCUUCAAGGUGCGGGUCUCCACCGAGACCUCCAGCCCCCUGUCGCCCCCCUCGCAGCCCCCGCCGCCCAUCCCGGCCUCUGCCCGCGGCCCCGGGCCCGGCCGGCUCCCGUCCUCCGACAGCGACGAGCCCUCCUGCGGCCCGCCCCGGACACCCUUGCCACCCCCUCGCCCGAAGAAGAAGGCGAGAGCGGCCGUCGGCCGAGGAGGGGAGGGAAGGAGGGGAGGGGGAGUGAGAGGAGGAGGAGAGGGAAGGACAGUUGGAGGGGGAGGAGAAGAGCUACUGGGAGCAGACAUUGCGGGUUAUCAGGUGCCGGUGCCCUCCUGUAGCCCCUCCCCUGAACUCUCCCCUGUCCUCUCCAUCGCUGCCCUCACUUCCCCCCUCGCCAACUUUGCCUCCUCUUCCGCCCCCUCUUCCCCCUUCCCCAGUCCUACCCCUGCCCCCCAACCUGCCCCCACCUCUCCCGACCGCUCCUCCGGCCCCGCCCCUGGCCCCUCCUCGUCCGCCGACCCCUCGCCCGCCUCCUCCUCCGGCCCCUCCUCGCCCCUCCACCCCGCCGGCCGCGGGGGCCCCGCACCGGCCCCCAGGCACCAGCUCAGCGAGCAGUCCUGCAGCUCGGAGGACGAGGGGCCGGGGCGUCUGCUUGGGGACCCCCCACCUCUCCUGCAGCACCUGCCCUCGCAGUCCGUCAGCAGCCUGGAAGAGGAGGAGGAAGGGGAGGAGGACGAGGAGGAGGAAGAGGAGGACGGGGAGUGUGGGGAGGACCCGGACGACCGCCAGCGCCCGGCUUCCUGGACGCAGCGGGGUGUGGGCUGGGUGAUGAGGGGGCCCCUGCGCAAGGUGCUGAGCUCCCUGGGCAGGCCCGAGAGGAGGCUGGUGAGGGCGGUGGAGGAGAGGUCGAGGGACGGGGGCACCUACUUCGGGGGCCUCGUCCAGGACUACCUGCGGCUGGUGAGAGGGGGCCAGGCGGGCCACACCUCGCCCUCCGAACUUCUGCAGUCUGUUCGCCAGUUCAUGAGCCACAUGAAGGUGCUGCUGACAGACAGCUCCGAGCUCGACUCCGCACUCGAGGCGCUGGUGGAGGAGACAGAGAGAGAUCGCCUGCUGGAGUCGGCCAUGCACAAGUGCGUGCUGAAGCCCCUGAAGCCGUCGCUGUACAGCAGCCUGCGCCAGUUCCACGCGGCCGACGGCUCACUGGAGCAGUUGAGCGAUAACCUGCGCCGGGUGCGGAAGGGAGGCCCCCAGGGGAUGGGUGUCCGGGCCAGCCUUCCCGACCUCGGGACCCUGGAGAAGAUCAGGCUCAAGUUCGGGCUGAUGCAAAAGGCGUACUCACCCGUAAAGAAGGUUCAGCUCCUGCUCCACGUCUGUAAACUCAUAUACGAGCGGCUACGGACUCCCCAGGGUGGACCGUGCGGGGCGGAUGAGUUUCUGCCGGCGCUCUCCUACGUGGUGGCGCAGUGCGACCUGCCGGAACUGGCCCUGGAGCUGGAGUACAUGAUGGAGCUUCUCGACCAGCCCGAGCUGAUGGGAGAAGGUGGAUACUAUCUCAUCAGCUUCUACACCAGUAUGUUCGAGCUGCAGAAUUAUCACCUCAAUCAGCCCGUGGUGGGGAUGAGCCACGAGAUUAGGCACUCUCUGAAACAGUGGCACAAGCGAAGGAAAACGUGUAAACCCUUGCCUUCCAUCAGUGACUUCCAGAACCUCCUCCGGGUGGCCUACGAGGACCCCAGCCACGGCUGCACAGCCAAGACGCUGGUGGUGCAGCCUACGGACACGGUGGCUGACCUUUGCCGGCUCUGCGCCGAGAAGUUCAACGUGUCCGAGCCCGCGACUCACGGCCUGUACCUGGUGGAGGACGACAGCUGCCGACCCCUGCCCUCCGACUCACACCCCCAGCUCAUCAAGGCCGAGUUGAGGAUCCAGGAGGGCCCCGGCCACCAAUACUGCUUCGUCUAUGGCCGCCUCCAGCAGAGCUCGCCUGCCCAGGCACACCGCCAGCUCCGACGGGACAACGCCUUUGACCUGGAGGAUGUCCCACCGCUCUGACAAGUGAAUCAGGGUUCCCAGCGAGCCUGCCAUGAGGAAGGACAACAGGGCCUACCUGUCGCCGUGGCAACGGGUAGGCCUGUGAAGCCUGGAGCUGGAUUUGAAAGGGUUUGGGUUUCUUUUUUAAGGAUCUGGCUCCUGUUGCCGGUGGAUUAAACUUCAGGGGGAGGUGGUCGGGAAUGUGAAUUGGAGUGGUUCAGGAGGGUCAGGGUCAAGCUCACGGUGAUAUGUACAGGUGCAACGAAAAACAUACUUUGCAGUAACAUCUCAAACAAAUAGUCUCAGAUGCACAGCAUGCACAAGAAAAAUAUCAAGUAUGCACAAUUUUUACAAGGAGGUACACAGCUGGAAUAAAGAAACCAAAGUCCAUUGUAGAUACUACUGACGGUGGAUAGGGAAGCACUUGUGUCACAUUGGGCCGAGUCAGCUACUAUGUGUAUCUUAUGUUUCUGUGCCUUACCAUAGCACGAUGGAUCCAGUCUGGAUACCUGCUACUGUAUGUAUAUCUAUAAGUUCAAUUGUUUGAUGAUAAGCCUCUUCAACCUUUUGAGAAAGUAAGGGAGCUAGUACACUGGUUUUUUUUAUGUCCGAGCUACUUGGCCCUGGUUUUGGGUCACUGGGACUGCAACUGGCCCUUGUCCCCUGACCUUCGAGAUGCUGGGGAGGUCAAGGUGCACUAUUGCCAAAUAUCUAGCUACAGCCGGUGGGACGAACACAGUGAGGACGCACUCAGGGAAGGGGGUUACCUCCUGGGGCAGGUUGAGGCCAUCACUCCCCGAUGGGGGUGGUGGUGGCAGGUGAGGAGGGGAAGAUUCGGAGCCUUCUCGUGUGUUCUCCUCAACCCCCCCUCUGCCUUCUUCUCUUCGCUGCCCCUGUCCCACCUCACGCCACCCCACCAAACCCCUGCUCUCUCCAAUACCUCAUGCCCGCUGGGGUGCGAGCGAAUCCUACAAGUUGAAUUCUCUAGGAAGUGUUUAACUCCUUCGUCCUCCAUACCGUGUGAUUUGCUGUGUUCCUGUGGAUUUCGACACCCAGUGGCCACUUUGUUAGGUACACCCGCUGGUUAAUGACGGUAUCUAAUCAGCCAAUCACGUGGCAGCAACUCAGUGCAUAAAAAAAUGUGGACACGGUCAAGAGGUUCAGUUGUUGUUCAGACCAAACGUCAGAAAUGGGGGAGAAAAGUUAUCAAAGUGACUUUGACCCUGAUUGUUGGUGCCAGACGGGGUGGUUUGAGUAUCUCAGAAACUGCUGAUCUUCCGGGAUUUUCACGCACAACACUGUCUAGAGUUUACAGAGAAUGGCGUGAAAAGCAAAAAGCAUCCAGUGGGCGGCAGUUCUGUGGGUGAAUACGCCUCGUUAAUGAGAGAGGUCGGAGGAGGGUGGCCAGACUGGUUCGAGCUGACAGGAAGUGGACAGUAAAAUAACCGGCAGCAGUGUGCAGAAGAGGAUCUCUGAAUGCACAACACGUCGAACCUUGAGGUGGAUGGGCUGCAGCAGCAGAAAGCCACAAAGACACACACUCAGUGGCCACUUCGUUAGGCGGAGCAGGUACCUAUUAAAUUGGCUGCUCAGCGCAGGCCGAACAAGAAAAAAUCUGCAGAUGCUGGAAUUCCGAGCAACACACACAAAACGCCGGAGGAACUCAGCAGGCCAGGCAGCAUCCGUGGAAAAGAGUACAGUUGACGUUUCGGGCCGAGACCCUUCGGCAGGACUGGACGUCUUUGGACUGUGGGACUGGAGCACUUGGAGGAGGACUGUCUGUGUCUCUCGCUGUCUGUCUGUCUCUGUUUUUCAAAGUCUUUCUCUUUCAGUGUCUGUGUAUUUGUCUGUCUGUUUUUCAAUGUCUAUCUCUCUUUGUCUGUCUCUCUCUGUCUGUCUGUUAUUUCUGUCUGUCUCUGUUUUUCAAUGUCUAUUUCUCUUUCUGUGUAUUUCUGUCUGUCUGUUUAUCAAUGUCUAUCUAUCUCUCUCUGUCUGUCUCUGUUUUUCAAUGUCUAUUUCUCUUUCUGUGUCUGUGUAUUUCUGUCUGUUUGUUUUUCAAUGUUUAUCUCUCUCUGCCGUUAUGUUAUUUCUGUCUGUCUGUCUCUGUUUUUCAAUGUCUGUCUCUCUGUCUAUCUCCCCCUGUCUGCGUCUGUUAUUUCUGUCUGUGUGUCCGUGUUUCUCUAUCAUUCGUUUUGCUGAAUCUGCGUGCCAGUGUUUUACUCUGUGUUCUUGCCCCCUUGUUAAGGCAAACACGUACUUUCUGUGUAUGUAUUUGUGUAAAACGUGCCUGAUCUGCAUGGUAUGUACGUUCGUCGGUGAGCUUUUCCACUUGCCUGUGCUUUCUGCGCAUUUUUCUGAGUGCCAGCGUUGUGCCAGUU